AGUUUUGGUUGAUGGGUUAUAAUAUAUCAUAAUGAGAUGAAUAAAUCUAUAACGGUGGUAUUCACAUGAAGCUCACCAUUUUCACCUAUAUACUUUGCUGCUCUCACUACUGAGACCCCUAAAAAAGACCCCCAAAUUUAACAAACAAUGGAAGUCUUGUGGGAGUUGGAGGACAAACUGAAGCUAACAACACAAGAAGCAGUUGUGAUCUUGGUCGGAACAGCGGCUGCAGUAACUUUACUCUGCAUAGUCGCAGCGUUUCUCAACCGCAAUUCUCGAGGGAAGCAAGUAGCAGACGCGGAGUGGGCGUUCGAAGCAGCGGUUGUAUCGAGAGCUAUGGAGGAAAAGAGGAAAUGUAAGUGGAGUAAAGUGAAGAGAACGUUGAUGGGUUCGUUUUGUUGGAGCUCCGGAGCCAAGUGGAUGGAGAUGGAACCGCUAAGGCCGCCUCCAUUGCUUGCAGCUAAAGAAAGGAGUCUGAAUGCGGUUGAUCCGGUUUGGAAGCGACCGAUUCUGAUGGGUGAGAAAUGUGAAUUGCCGCGGUUUAGCGGCCUUAUAUUGUAUGAUGAGUGUGGCCUUCCGCGUCAUCAUCCUCAACUUCAAGAACAACUAAAACAGAGUUCUAUGGUAAGAACAACUCUGAGAGAUUUGCUCUGACAAUGGUUUUCUCUAAUUCUCUGCAAGAAAGUUUCUUGAAGUUUGGUGUACUACUACAACUUAAAACCGCGAUGAAAGGUCAGAUUAUGAGAAUGCGGAGAAAAUAUGUUCCUGAAAACAAUGUCCUUAUGUGAUGUAGAUGCAAAAUCUUCUUUCUUUUUUUGUGUGUUUUGAUUGCUUAGAGGGGGACAAAGAUUAGCUUAAUCUUAUGAACAAACGAUUUGCUACAAAUAGAUGCAAAUUUGUGUAUUUGUAUUUUUGAUUGCUUGGUGUGGACAAAGAAAGCAGAGUUCUUAUGAAA